CUUUUCUCCACUUUUUUUUUUCUCCCCUUCUCACAAAGCCGCAGUGGAGUGUCCCGUGCUCGCCGUGCACAUCUCCCAGCGCGGAUCGGAGGGCCCGUCGUCGUCAAGGCAAGCCCCAACUGUGGAGUGCACACCAGGAUUUGGUCUGGAUCCAGGUCUAGAUCGCUGUGCUCGGUCCGGGUCCAACUGGUGAUCCAAGACCACUCAGAGAGGGGAACAACAACAACAACAACAACAACAACAACAACAACAACAAAAGGGAUCGCCGGACCGAGCGAUGGGAUCAGGGAAGCUGGCCCGGGUGUUGCUGGGAUGGGUGGCGGUGUGUCUGGCGCCGGCCCAGGUGGCGUACGGCCAGACCGGGACCGGGACUGGGACCGGCACCGGCACCGGGAACGGGAACGGGGCGCCGCUCCAAGCCAGCCGCUUCACCGCCGCCACGGACCAGAGGGAGGUGCAGCGGGUCCGACGCCGAGGCCAGGAGACUCUGAGAGGGCCCAACGUGUGCGGCUCUCGCUUCCACUCGUACUGCUGUCCCGGCUGGAAGACUCUGCCGGGAGGGAACCAGUGUAUCGUCCCCAUUUGCAGGAACUCAUGCGGCGAUGGCUUCUGUUCCAGACCCAACAUGUGUACCUGCUCCAGUGGACAGCUCUCUUCCAGCUGCGGAGCAGGAGGAGGAGUGCAGUCGUGCAACGUCAGGUGCAUGAACGGUGGGAGUUGUGCCGAGGACUCCUGCACGUGUCCUAAAGGCUUCACGGGGAACCACUGCGGACAACCUGUGUGCGAGAACGGCUGCCAGAACGGCGGACGCUGCAUCGGCCCCAACAGGUGCGCGUGCGUGUACGGCUUCACCGGCCCGCAGUGCGAGAGAGACUACAGGACUGGACCGUGUUUCACGCAGGUGAACAACCAGAUGUGCCAGGGCCAGCUCAGCGGGAUAGUCUGCACCAAGACGCUCUGCUGCGCCACCAUCGGGCGCGCAUGGGGUCACCCUUGCGAGCAGUGCCCCGCCCAGCCACACCCGUGCAGACGCGGCUUCAUUCCCAACAUCCGCACCGGAGCCUGCCAAGACGUGGACGAGUGUCAAGCAGUGCCGGGUCUCUGCGCCGGAGGGAACUGCAUCAACACCGUGGGAUCCUACGAGUGCAAAUGUCCCGCCGGCCACCGUCAGAGUGAAACCAGCCACAAAUGUGAAGACAUUGACGAAUGCAGCACCAUCCCCGGCGUGUGCGACGGAGGCGAGUGCACCAACACGGCCGGUAGUUACGUCUGCAGCUGCCCACGCGGGUACAUCUCCAGCACAGAUGGCUCCAGAUGUGUGGACCAGCGGGCGGGCACAUGUUUCUCCGCCCUGGCCAACGGUCGAUGUGCAGCCGAGCAGAGCGGCCAGUUCACCAAGAUGCAAUGUUGCUGUGACACGGGACGCUGUUGGGCCCUGGGACAGAUCCCCGAGAUGUGUCCCGUGAGAGGCUCUGACGAGUUCCGUCGUCUGUGCAUCGUGGGCGUCCCUUGGGGACAUGGUCUCCCCAACCCCUACCCCAAUGGAAACUUCCCCAACAACAACGGCUACGGGUACAACAAGUACCCCAACGGUCCCAACGGGAACGGCGGCAACGGGGGCGGAAGCUUUGGCGGCAACGGCGGCGGAAGCUUUGGCGGCAACGGCGGCGGAAGCUUCGGAGGCAACGGGGGAAGCUUCGGAGGCGGACAUAUAACCCAUCCAAUAGGCACGGUUUCUGUGAACGACUCCGUCGAUGUUUGCAAGCACUUCACCAAUCUGUGUCUGAACGGCCGCUGCAUCCCCACGCCCACGAGCUACCGCUGCGAGUGCAACAUGGGCUACAAGCAGGAUGUCCGCGGGGAGUGUAUCGAUGUGGACGAAUGCGUGAGUAAUCCGUGCAUCAACGGCGACUGCGUCAACACGCCGGGCUCGUACCACUGCAAGUGUCACGAGGGCUACCAGGGGACCCCCACCAAGCAAGCCUGCAUCGAUAUCGACGAGUGUAUCGUGAACGGGGUGAUGUGUCGCAAUGGCCGCUGCGUCAACACGGAGGGAAGCUUCCAGUGCAUCUGCAACGCCGGCUUUGAGCUCACUCCCGACGGCAAGAACUGCAUCGAUCACGACGAGUGCGCCACCACCAACAUGUGUCUGAACGGCAUGUGCAUCAACGAGGACGGCAGCUUUAAGUGCAUCUGCAAGCCCGGCUUUGCACUCGCAUCCAACGGACGCUACUGCACUGACAUCGACGAGUGUCAGACUCCGGGAAUCUGCAUGAACGGGCGCUGCAUCAACUCCGAGGGCUCCUUCCGCUGCGAGUGCCCGCCCGGCCUGGCGGUCGACGUGGACGGGAGAGUGUGCGUGGACACGCACAUGAGGACCACCUGUUACGGCGCCAUCAAGAUGGGCACGUGUUCGCGGCCCUUCCCCGGCGCCGUGACCAAGUCCGAGUGCUGCUGCGCCAACCCCGAGCACGGCUUCGGAGAGCCGUGCCAGCCGUGCCCGUCCAGAAACUCAGCGGAGUUCCAGGCGGUGUGCAGUAGCGGUAUCGGCAUCACGGCCGACGGCAGAGACAUCAACGAGUGCGCCCUGGACCCGGACAUUUGUCAGAACGGCAUCUGUGAGAAUCUGAGAGGGAGUUACCGUUGCAUCUGUAACAUCGGCUACGAGUCGGACACCAGCGGCAAAAACUGUGUUGACAUCAACGAGUGUCUGGUGAACCGUCUGCUUUGUGACAACGGCCUGUGCAGAAACACUCCCGGCUCGUACACGUGCUCAUGUCCCAAAGGUUUCGUCUUCAAGCCAGACUCUGAGACAUGUGAAGAUAUCAAUGAAUGCGAGUCGAAGCCGUGUGUCAACGGGGUGUGUCGCAAUGUGAUCGGGUCCUUCAACUGUGAGUGCACCCACGGGAGCAAACUGGACCCUACCAACACCAUCUGUGUGGAUAGCAUGAAGAGCACUUGCUGGCUGACCAUGCAGGACAGCCGCUGCGAGGUGAACAUCAACGGCGCCACGCUCAAGUCCGAGUGCUGCUCCACCCUGGGAGCCGCCUGGGGAAGCCCCUGCGAACCCUGCGAGAUCGACACCGCCUGUUCCCGAGGAUUCGCUCGCAUGAAGGGUGUGGUCUGCGAAGACAUCAACGAGUGUGAGGUGUUCCCGGGGGUGUGCACAAACGGCCGCUGUGUGAACAGCCAGGGUUCUUUCCGCUGCGAGUGCGCCGAGGGUCUGACUUUGGACAGCACGGGACGAACCUGCGUUGACAUGCGCAGCGAGCAGUGCUACAUGAAGUGGCACGAGGACGAGUGCGGCGAGCCGCUGCCCGGGCGCUACAGAGUGGACAUGUGCUGCUGCUCUGUGGGGGCCGCCUGGGGUGUGGACUGUGACGAGUGUCCCAAACCCAGCUCGCCCGAGUACAGAGCCAUCUGUCCCAGAGGACCUGGUUUUGCUAACAGGGACAUUCUGACUGGCAGGCCUUUCUACAAAGACGUGAAUGAAUGUAAGGUCUUCCAGAGUCUGUGCAGUCACGGAACGUGCCGGAACACCAUCGGAAGUUUCAAGUGCCGCUGCAACGGCGGCUUUGCCCUGACGGCCGAGGAGAGAAACUGCACAGACAUUGACGAGUGUCGCAUCUCCCCGGACUUGUGCGGUCACGGCACCUGUGUCAACACGCCCGGCAGCUUCGAGUGCGAAUGCUUCGAAGGCUACGAGAGCGGCUUCAUGAUGAUGAAGAACUGCAUGGACGUGGACGAGUGCGAGCGAAACCCCCUGCUGUGUCGCGGGGGCACCUGUCUCAACACGGAGGGCAGUUACGAGUGUGAAUGUCCCCCCGGGCACACGCUCAGUAGUGAUGGGUCCGCUUGUGAAGAUGUGAACGAGUGCCAGCUGAGCGACAACUUGUGUAAGCACGGUCAGUGUGUCAACAUGCCAGGGACGUACCAGUGCUCCUGUGACACCGGCUACCAGGCCACACCAGACCGACAAGGGUGUGUUGAUAUCGACGAGUGCACCAUCAUGAACGGCGGCUGUGAGACCCACUGCACCAACUCGGAGGGGAGCUACGAGUGCAGCUGCAGCGAAGGCUACGCUCUCAUGCCCGACCUCAGGACAUGCUCAGACAUCGACGAGUGCGAGGAGACGCCGGACAUCUGCGACGGAGGUCAGUGCACCAACAUUCCCGGGGAAUACCGCUGCUUGUGCUACGACGGCUUCAUGGCCUCCAUGGACAUGAGGACCUGCAUCGAUGUGAACGAGUGCGAUUUGAACCCCAACAUCUGUCUCCAUGGCGACUGUGAGAACACCAAGGGCUCCUUCAUCUGCCACUGUCAGCUGGGAUACUUUGUCAAGAAGGGAUCCACAGGGUGCACAGAUAUUGACGAGUGUGAGGUCGGCGCUCAUAACUGCGACAUGCACGCCGCCUGCAUCAACGUCCCCGGGAGCUUCAAGUGUCGCUGUCGGGACGGCUGGCUGGGAGACGGCAUCAAGUGUGUGGACCAGGACGAGUGCGCCGCGGAGGACCACAACUGCAACCUCAAUGCGGACUGCGUGAACACGCCGGGAUCCUACAGGUGCGCCUGCAAGGAGGGCUUCAAUGGGGACGGCUUUUCUUGCUCAGACAUGGACGAGUGCGCCGACAACGUCAACCUGUGCGAGAACGGCCAGUGUCUCAACGCCCCGGGCGGUUACCGCUGCGAGUGCGAGAUGGGAUUCACCCCCACCGAGGACAGCAAGGCCUGUCAAGACAUCGACGAGUGUAACUUCCAGAACAUCUGCGUCUUCGGAACGUGCCAGAACCUCCCCGGCAUGUUCCGCUGCGUGUGCGACGACGGCUACGAACUGGACCGCAGCGGAGGAAACUGCACAGACAUCAACGAGUGCGCCGACCCCGUCAACUGCAUCAAUGGGUUGUGCGUCAACACGCCGGGGAGCUACCUGUGCAACUGCCCCGCCGACUUUGAGCUCAACCCCACUGGCGUCGGCUGCGUAGAUACUCGGGUGGGGAACUGCUUCCUGGACAUCCUGGCACGCGGCGACGGCGGAAUAUCCUGCAGCGCCGAGAUCGGCGUGGGCGUGACCCGAGCGUCGUGCUGCUGCUCUUUGGGAGGAGCCUGGGGGAACCCCUGUGAACUGUGCCCCGCCCCCAACUCAACCGAGUAUAGGACCCUUUGUCCUGGAGGAGAGGGCUUCAGACCCAACCCCAUCACCGUCAUCCUGGAAGAUAUCGACGAGUGCCAGGAGCUUCCGGGUCUCUGCCAGGGUGGCAACUGUGUCAACACCUUCGGUAGCUUCCAGUGCGAGUGCCCGGCAGGUUACUACCUCAACGUGGAGACUCGGAUCUGUGAAGACAUCGAUGAAUGCACCGCCCACAUCGGCAUCUGUGGGCCCGGCACCUGCUACAACACCUUGGGGAACUACACCUGCGUGUGCCCGCCGGAGUACAUGCAGGUCAACGGCGGCAACAACUGCAUGGACAUGAGGAAGAGCGUCUGCUACCGCAACUUCAACGACACGUGCGAGAACGAGCUGUCCUUCAACAUGACCAAGAAGAUGUGCUGCUGUGCCUACAACGUGGGCAAGGCCUGGAACAAGCCGUGCGAGGCGUGUCCUACACCUGCUACCUCCCAGUACCAGUUGCUGUGUGGUAACCAAGCGCCCGGCUUCAUCAUCGACAUCCACACCGGCAAGCCCGUGGACAUUGACGAGUGCAGGGAAAUCCCCGGCAUCUGCGCCAACGGCGUGUGCAUCAACCAGAUCGGCAGCUUCCGGUGCGAAUGUCCGAUGGGCUUCAGCUACAACAACAUCCUCCUCAUCUGUGAAGACAUCGACGAGUGCAACAGCGGCGACAACCUGUGCCAGCGCAACGCCAACUGCAUCAACAUCCCGGGCAGCUACCGCUGCGAGUGCUCGCCGGGCUUCAAGCUGUCCCCCGGCGGGGCCUGCGUGGACCGCAACGAGUGCCAGGAGAUCCCCAACGUGUGCAGCCAUGGCGAGUGCAUCGACACCCAGGGCAGUUACCGCUGUCUCUGCCACAACGGCUUCAAGGCCACCGCCGACCAGACCAUGUGCAUGGACAUCGACGAGUGCGACCGGCAGCCGUGCGGCAACGGUACCUGUAAGAACACGGUGGGCUCCUACAACUGUCUGUGCUUCCCCGGGUUCGAACUCACGCACAACAACGACUGCAUGGACAUAGACGAGUGCAGCGCUCUGCAGGGUCAGGUGUGCAGGAACGGGCAGUGCAUCAACGGGCUGGGCUCCUUCCAGUGCCUCUGCCUAGACGGGUAUGAGAACACGCCGGACGGCAAGAACUGUGCUGACAUCAAUGAGUGUGUGAGUCUACCUGGCACCUGCUCACCUGGUACCUGUCAGAACCUGGACGGCUCCUUCAGGUGUAUCUGUCCUCCCGGCUACGAGGUGCACAACGACCAGUGUAUCGACAUCAACGAGUGCGAGGUGGAACCCAACCUGUGCCAGUUCGGUACCUGCACCAACUCGCCCGGCAGCUUCCAGUGCACCUGCCAGCCGGGCUUCGUGCUCUCCGACAACAAACGCCGCUGCUACGACACGCGGGAGAGUUUCUGCUUCACCAAGUUCGAGGCGGGCAAGUGUUCCGUGCCCAAGGCCUUCAACACCACCAAGGCCAAGUGCUGCUGCAGCAAGAUGCCGGGCGAGGGCUGGGGGCUUCCUUGUGAGCUGUGCCCCCGGGAGACUGAAGCCGCCUUCAACACUUUAUGUCCGUACGGCCACGGAGCGCUGCCUGGACCAGGCAACGCUCGCGAAGACAUGAACGAGUGUCUGGACAAUCCAGGUAUCUGCCAGAAUGGUAUCUGCAUCAACACUGAUGGAUCGUUCCGCUGCGAAUGUCCCUUUGGAUACAACCUGGACUACACUGGAGUCAACUGUAUCGACACUGACGAGUGUUCCAUCGGGAACCCGUGUGGGAACGGAACCUGCACCAACGUGGUCGGAGGCUUCGAGUGUUCGUGCCAGGAGGGUUUCGAACCAGGACCCAUGAUGACCUGCGAAGACAUCAACGAGUGCUCCAAGAACCCCCUGCUGUGCGCCUUCCGCUGCGUCAACACCUUCGGCGCGUACGAGUGCAUGUGUCCCGCCGGCUACGUGCUGCGGGACGACCAGCGCAUGUGUCGAGACCAGGACGAGUGUUCCGAGGGUCUGGAUGACUGCGACUCCAAGGGGAUGACCUGCAAGAACCUGAUCGGGACCUUCAUGUGUAUUUGCCCGCCCGGCAUGCAGCGCCGGCCGGACGGAGAGGGAUGCAUGGACCUGAACGAGUGCCGAGCCAAACCCGGCAUCUGCAAGAACGGACGCUGCGUCAACACGGUGGGAAGUUACAGCUGCGAGUGCAACGACGGCUUCGAGCCCAGCUCCACUAGAACCGAGUGCAUUGACAACCGCAAGGGCUUCUGCUACAUGGAGACCCUGCAGACCAUGUGCCAGCAGUCGUCCACCAACAGGAACAGCGUGACCAAGUCUGAGUGCUGCUGCAACACGGGCCGAGGCUGGGGAUCCCAGUGUGAACUCUGUCCUCUGCCCGGCACCGUCCUCUACAAGAAGAUGUGUCCUCUGGGACCCGGCUACACCACCGACGGCAGGGACAUCAACGAGUGUCAGGUGAUGCCCGACCUGUGUGUUCACGGCCAGUGCAUCAACACCAUCGGAUCCUUCCGCUGCCACUGUGACAUCGGCUACAAGACCGACUUCACCGCUACGUCCUGCCUCGACAUGGACGAGUGCGCGCUGUCGCCCAAGCCGUGUAACUUCCUGUGCAAGAACACGGAGGGCAGCUACCUGUGCUCCUGUCCUCGAGGCUACAGUCUGCAGCCUGACGGCAAAACUUGCAAAGACCUGGACGAGUGUUCCAGCAAGCAGCACAACUGCCAGUUCCUUUGUGUCAACACCAUCGGCGGCUUCACCUGCAAGUGUCCUCCCGGCUUCACUCAGCAUCAAACGGCGUGCAUCGACAACAACGAGUGCACGGCUCAGAGCUCCGCGUGCGGGUCCCAGGCCGCUUGUGUCAACACGCCGGGCAGCUUCAACUGCGAGUGCUCCAAGGGCUUCUCCCUGGACACGUCGGGUGUGGAGUGCGAGGACGUGGACGAGUGCAGCAGCAACCACCGCUGCCAACAUGGCUGCCAGAACAUGAUGGGCGGCUUCCGCUGUGGAUGUCCUCAAGGCUACGUGCAGCACUACCAGUGGAACCAGUGUGUGGACGAGAACGAGUGCCAGGCGGGCGCCAUGUGUGGCUCCGCCUCCUGCUACAACACGCUGGGCAGCUUCAAGUGCGUGUGUCCGUCGGGCUUCGACUUCGAACAGUCGGCGGGCGGCUGCCAGGACGUGAACGAGUGCUCGCAGGGCGGCAACCCGUGCAUCUACGGCUGCUCCAACACCGACGGAGGGUACCUGUGCGGGUGUCCUGGGGGAUUCUACCGCGCGGGGCAAGGUCACUGCCUGUCAGGUUCAGGCUUCCCAGGCCAGUUAUCAUCAGAAGGCGAAGACGAGGACGACUUGUCUCCUGAGGCUUGUUACGAGUGCAAGAUCAACGGCGGGAAGAACGGACGCCACAAACGCAACACGGCUGACAACCAGCUGGAGGAGCACGUGAGUCUGGCCAGCGUGGACACGCAGGCGUGGCUCCCCAUCAACGUGUCGCUGGCCCGGCUGCUCAACAAGGAGCCCCUCCUGGAGCUGCUGCCGGCCCUGCAGCCUCUGGAGCGCCACGUGCGCUACGUCAUCACCCACGGCAACGCCCAGGAACACUUCCGCCUGCUGGAGCGCCGCGACGGCAAGAGCGUGCUGCGGCUGGGCAAGAGGCCGCCGCCCGCCGGCUCCUACCGGCUGGACGUGGCCAGCCUGCCGCUGUUCGGCCCGCGGAGACGCCACCAGCUGCAGGAGCAGCACGACCAGGACUACCUGCAGGGGGUCAUCGGGGACGCCCUGCGCAUCAAGCUCCACAUCCACCUGCACUGAGCACACCUUUUGGGUCCUCAAGGGCGACCAAAGACUGAGUCACUCAGCCCAAGUCCACCUUUUAUGUUAUUAUAUGUUGUCCUUUCAACAAGACCCCCUGUGGAGCAGACGCCAGCAGCCCGGACCCUCCCCCCUAAACAUCAAGUCCAUCCAGCGCUUUGUGGGCGAGUCCAGAAAGAAGAAGAGAAAAAAAAGACAGAGUGAGCAAAAAAAAAAAAAAAAAAGUGCCGAGUUGCCAAAGUUGUCUUUCUGAGGUCAAAAUGUCGUGACAAAGUCCUCAUUCUCCUCCAAAACUCUCAGAUGACGCAUAAAACCCAAAGAAAAAUGCUACAAAUGCUAAAAACACAAAGAAACACUCCAAAACAAGUGCAUCAGGGAAAUGCUGCAAGUUCACAAAACCAAACCAAAGUUAACUCAGCUACCAAGAAGUUGGCUUAGCAACUAG